AUGCACCUGUGCGGUAUACUGAGCCCAGACGAAUACGCAGCUCCAGUGAGGGACUGCACCAUUCGACCAGCCGAACAUACAACACCCGAAAUGUGCAGUCGGUGCAGACCAGCCGAAAUAAGACUCACCUUUGCGGCCCUAGCAAAUGUGAUUCCUCAGUUAAGCAGUCUCUUGAAGAGAAUAAUAUGGACUAUUUGGUCGAAGACCGAAUUCAAUUCUGACAUCGUUGUUAAUACGCCGGAAAUGAUAAGAAAAGCUGGUUAUCCCGUGGAAGCUCACGUUAUAAUGACGGAGGACGGCUAUUUCUUGACAUUACAUCGUAUCCCAGGUGGCAACGAUUCUUUACCCGUGCUGCUGUUGCACGGUCUUACAGCCAGCUCCUUUAAGUGGCUUAUUCCUAGCAAAGACAAAGCAUUUCCUUAUCUACUAGCAAAUCAGGGAUACGAUGUUUGGUUGGGGAAUUUUCGUGGUACUACAUACUCGAAAGCACACAUUUCCCUAUCUCCAUCAAAUUCGGCAUUUUGGGAUUUCAGCUUCAACGAAAUAGGUAUCUAUGAUGUAUCCGCGAUGGUUACAUUUAUUACAAACUUGAGAUCCCAACCAUUGCACACAUGUAUUGGUCAUUCUAUGGGCACAACGUGUUUUUACAUAAUGGCAUCAGAGCGUCCAGAAAUCGCUCGAAUGGUGAAAAUGAUGAUCAACUUCGGACCGGUGGUCUUUCUAAGUCAUAUGCAAAGUUCGAUACGAUUCUUGGUUCCCAUCAGGAGAAUGAUUAAAAUAAAAUUUUUAAACUGUUAUCUAAUCCAAAGAAACAAAAAUAAGGUUAACAACAUAUUGCGAUUGUUUUUCCACGGCAAAUUUCUCCAGAGUGAUUAUGUGAUAGCGAUUUCGGCUGGUCUGCACCGACUGCACAUUUCGGGUGUUGUAUGUUCGGCUGGUGCAGUCCCUCACUGGAGCUGCGUAUUCGUCUGGGCUUAG